AUGUUCUGGGCGCAGAAUAAUGGUAAAAUCGAAGAGACGACCGUAGAACUCGAGAAUGUCACAUUAGCAGACGAUUUAAUCACCCACGCCGCAGUAUGUUCGGAUAGGAGAAGCCUUAUGGUAGGGCUGGCAACUGCAUCGAAACAGCUAUGUGUUGUCCAAGUUGCCAUUAAUUGGAAUAGCCCUAAAACCGAGGGCGCGCAAAGCAAUCCUUCUAACAAUCAACCGCUAAGUCCAACGCUCACGAAGAGGCACGUAGCAGUGACUAGCUGGUUCCAGCCAGGCUCUGGCGAUUUGCAUUCCGAUGCGUCCAUGCAAAAAAUCACUCACAUUGAAAUGUUGCCUCCUGUUCUUCUAACCGCGUUCAAUGUACCAAACAAAGAGUGGUCACCUAUUGUGAUCUUGACAGUGAGAUCUCUUAUCCCGGACCCGAACGUGCCCUACGCCCAAGAAGUCCAGAGCAUAAUUGAUCGAUGGGAACUCUUGACAGAUCACCAUCAAACGCUUCAUUCCGCAUUUGAGCAACUCGGCCUUAGAAAAAACAGUGCCGGUUCUGCAACACCAAAUGGCAGCAGACUCAAGAAACUCGAUUCUGUCGUUGUCAACAAGGUCAUAAUAGGGGUAAACCUCAUUAACUUUGGGAAAGUUCUCUGCUUCUCUUAUAAUGACGGCAGCGUAGAGUAUCGAGACCGAUUCACUAUGGCCGAGCUAUACCGAGAACAUAAUCUAGAUCGUAUCAAUUCGGUUUUUGAUGCUGGAUUUUCCCAAAGCGGCGAACCAUCAUGCCUCCAGACAGCUUUUUCGCCAACGAAUUUCUCAUUUGUUCAGCUAUGCGAAGACGGUAAAGUGAAAUGGCACAGUAUCAACUAUACACUAGCAGACGUCGAGUCUAUGACUGACGCUCAGGUGUCUGCACUCGUCGCGGCCUUUUACAUAUCCACCGCCCAGGCCGUCACCCAGGGUGCAAAUUUUGACGACAUCCUAGCAGUCGCUAGGAAUUUCAUUAAUAGAGACUCAUUUGCAAUUGAAUGGGUAAAAACCCAAGUGCAGCAGAUGAAGAUAACUAUCGACUAUACGGAGGACACAUUACAUGACAGUCUCAUAAAGAAUGGAAUCUUGCAAGUUUGCCUCAGUAUUAUCAAUUACCUUGGAUGGAGAGGCGAUCUUCAGCCCCGGAAAGGCUGGGGAAAGCUUUCUCUGCUGGCUCUGAACUUGCGCAACAUAACAGUCAUGAUGCAUCUCUCAAACAGCCAAAUACCCAUACAUAAUAAAACCACUAUAACGCCGCUUGAUGAACCUGAAGCUGUCAGUGCUUUAGCCGGGUGCGUCAAGUGGUCAAACGACCUGCUUGGCUGGAUAUGUGACUCGCUAUUCUGUCUUUUUGAUGACACCGAGUUCAUGAAGCACCUAAAGGGGCCUCAACUAGAUAAAAUGACGAUGUACUUACAUGCGAAUAACGAAAUCGCGUUGCACUUAGUAUUAUGUUCAACAACACGCGCCCUGCUUUCCGCCCUAUGUCGUCGUAUUUUAUCGCUCGACUCGUUAUCGACAAAAGCUAUUAGCUGGUACGAAACCCGCGAGAAGUCUAUUGCGAAUAAUCCGAAUGCUGCAGCCGAUCCUCGCACAGCCGCUCAUACCGCUCUGCAUGCCGCGUAUCAGAACUUGCGACAAUGCAUUUCGUCAUCUCUUAUUAAAGCUGACGAGUUCGACAAGCUUCUCACCGGCCUAGGAGCCGAAAUACGGACGGCUUACAGUACAUCACUAGCAAUAGUUGGCGAGCAAGCUGCUAAAUCAGCAAACAAGAGUCAGCCACAAAAUUCGAACCCUAACGCACCGAGACCAGACCCAGCCCAAGAAGCCAUUGCCCGUGCACGUCAGCACUGUGAGCUUGAUAUGCUCGUCUUGCAGGCGCCACCGUCAUCCUUCGUCCCCGUUGUCAGCAAAUUUUUCAACCAGGACCUAAAGGAAUUUCGCGCACGGUCCGAGGUCGCAAAGCUAUAUUUCGCCGACUAUUCGAUCCUCGAGCUCGACGACGAGCCGCGCUCACUAGCUAAAAGGAGGGCGAGCGGUGUAAGGGUAGAUCUCUUCAAAAGAGUUGAAAUCUCGAGAAGCCCGAGAAGCGGAAAUGGCAAGAGUCAGUUCCCUUGGAGGAAAUGUGCGCGUUGCGGUAACGUCAUGGAGGACCUCGCUCUAGUUAAUCACAAACCAGGAUUCAGCUUUUUGCUCCGUCAACAGAGUAAUUGCUCUUGUGGUGGUCGAAUGGCUAUCCUACCGACAAAAAACGCAUAA